AUGGAGGGUGGGCGCUGGCGUGGGCUCGAGGACCUAGUUCCAUCCCAAAGGGAUGCCCCCGCCCUCCAAGGCCCCCGAGGAAUCCCGCCGACUUCUACCCCUUCGGUGCCAGACUCCACCGGCGUGAACCGGAAGGGGAGGCUCUCCAGGUCUCCAACCCGAGCCUGUGUCAUCUUACUAGGUCCUCCUGUGGACCCAGAUUUGCGGGAGGAUACAGAGCACACGACCCCCGAGCUAGAUGUACUGCUGGUGGGAUCCGUGGAUGGGCGGCACCUGCUUCGGACUCUGGCCCGGGCAGCUCUCUGGCCUCGCAGGAGGUUACAUUUCUAUGUGCUUGAGAAUAAUCUGGAAGCUGUAGCCCGACACAUGCUGAUCUUCAGCCUAGCCUUGGAGGAACCUGAGAAGAUGGGGCUGCAAGGGCCCUCGCCGUGCACCUGCUCAGGGGUUCCGUGGUUGGCUGUCGGGCGCCCCCAGGCGGCCACCUCUCGGAACAGCUCCGUCACGUUGUGCUGGGAGGCUCUCAUCGUCCGCUUCGAUGCCAAAGGCCACGAAUGGUCCCGUGGCAAUGUCCCCCCAGUACCCGCGCGCUGCGACACGCUCCCCGUGCUUGAGAAAGCAAGGAGCGAAGAGGCAGGGAGGGUCAACGUCCAAGACCCCGGUUCCUAUGUCCCCGAAAAGAAGGAUCGGCCAGGGCAGGGAGGGCAGCUGCUCCGCCAGGCGGUGGGGCUCCGGGACCAGGCGCGCCAGGCGGUCGGCCUGCGCGCGCACGAAGGCGGCCACCUGGGGGCGCAGCAACGCGUUCCCCCACACCUCCAGGAAGGUCUCGCUCCUCUCUGGGGAAAGUCUUCCCCAGCUGCCCCUUCCCCGGAAUUCACCGUUCACUUCCUGCCUCUCGGCUCUGCCCAAACCCUUCACCACAAGAGCUGCUACGAGGGACGGUUCCAGCUUCUCUACGUGGCCUGUGGGAUGGUGCAUCUUCUCAGCCCCGACCUCGGGGCUUGCGUGGCUCCCGGAGGAUACCUGAUCGUGGAAUUAGCCCGGUACCUGGUAGACCUGCGGCAAGAGCAGCUGCAGGGGUUUUCCGCCCGGGUCGGGGAGCUAGCUCAGGCGGCUGGAUUCACCCCGCAGAACCAGGACAGGCCCUCUGAGACCUUCGCACGCUUCUACAAGUCCGGGGACUCUGCUUGCCUCCGCAGCCACGCCGCUGUGCAAUCCACGACUCCGCCCCCUGGAGCCCUGGUCCCGCCCCCUGCACAAUCCGCGACUCCGCCCCCUGACGCCCUGGUCCCGCCCCUUGAGGCAGGGAACCCGCCCCCGGAGGGCCUGACCCAGCCUUAGGAAGGCAAGACCCCACCCUCUGAGCGCCUCAAACUACCCUCAGAGUCUCGGGCUUCACUCUCAGAGGUUCAGGCUCCGCCCACAGGGAGUCAGACCCCAAAACCAGAGAGUCUGCCCCGACUGCCAGAUACCCAGCCCCCCAUCUCUGACCUCUAG